AGAGACAGAGGGAAAAAGAGCGAGCGAGAGAGAGAGAGAGAGAGAAAGAGCCAGAGAACGAAAACGAGCGAGAGGGAGAGAGAGAGAGGAUAGGCGCGCGGGCGCGGGGCGGACACGCGACCGUCGAUCUCUCUACGGUUAUCGACAAUAUCGUCUCGUUAUAACCGUCAUCAUUGUCCGUCGCGAGAAGUGUCCCGUCCCGUCUCGUCCGAUCGCUCGGCGAGCAACGCCGUGGUUAUCGCGGCGACUAAAACCGGAGGGACAGAUACUCGAGAGGUGACGGGUGACCGACUGCUCGUUCGGGGACGAUUUUCGAGCUGUCGGCGAAGACUGUAAAGCGUAUAACGGUCGUGACGGCGACCUCCACGGCGGACAUUCGGGGGAGCCUGGAGAUGAAGCAGGAGCCGGAGGACGAGGAGGACUGCUAUCUCGGUGAGUCGAGCAUGCCGCCCGCGUCGACGACGCCGCCGCCGCCGCCGCCGCCGACGGCGGCGUUGUUGCCGCCACCGACGUCGUCGUCCUCGUCGUCGUCGUCCGGCCGGUACGCGAGCGUCACGCACCGAGUGCGCUCCCACGCGCGCAGUUUGCGUGCCAUGGCGAACCCCAGCGCUGUCUGGGCGCACUUUGACCUGUGUACUAACGAUCCGCUGCGCGCCCAGUGCCGCAUCUGCGGGGCAGUCGUCGUCAGGGGCGGCGCGAACCCGCGCCAGUGCGGAACCACGAACCUGCACCGGCAUCUGAGGGUCCAUCACGGAGGCAGGCUGAUCGGUAGACGUUAUCACGUUCUACAGUCUACAUCACACGGAAACGGAAGUACGAAAGCCAUAAGGAUCGCCACGCAGUCCUUAGUGAGACCUCACAUACGUAAUAUUGCACCGGCGCCCCCGCAACAGCAGUUGCAGCAGCAGCAGCAAGCAUCGCAACCAAAGACCCUCGUAUUAAAAACUAUUCCGUUGAAAGUGAAGCAAGUUGCACCUACGACUAUCAAAAUGCCAUCGCGACAGACUAAUCAAGGACCCCAUAACGUCGUGCAUCAGCAACCUACAGAAGUUUGCUUGAGGUGGAACAGUUAUCAUAGUAAUAUGCAAAAUAGCUUCCCGUCGUUAUUGGACACGGAGCAAUUUGUCGACGUGACUUUGGCGUGCGAAGGACGAUCCUUGAAGUGUCACAAGAUGAUUUUAUCUUCCUGUAGCGACUACCUGGCAGACCUAUUGCGGGAGAAUCCAUGCCAACACCCCAUUAUUCUAAUGAAGGAUCUGAAGUUCUGGGAGGUGGAGGCGUUGGUUAAAUUCAUGUACCGCGGGGAAGUCAAUGUCGCUCACGAUAAAUUGCCGCAGCUGUUGAACGCCGCCGAAGCGUUGCAAGUGAAGGGACUAGCUGGUCCGAGUCCCUCCCAAAACACAAAGUCACCGCUACUUAUACCUCAAACGAAGCCAUUGUCGUCUCAACACGUAAUUCCUAGAAGUACCACAGAGUCCAAAGAGAAUAAAGCAUCACCCUCGAGGGUGUCUAUGUCUUCUAGUCCUAAGCGUGCGCAAAAGCGACAACAGUCCGAACACAUAGAGCCAAGACCUUUUACCAAAAUACGUCUGCAGCGGCCCAUCACCCCAACGUCGCCAUGCGCGACCGUGAAGAUGGAGCCUUUAGAUAUACCUCUUAGCCCAACGGAGAUAUUUCCGGAGAAUAGUGAAGACGCCACGGCUUCCUCGGACUUUGAGAAACUUAUGAGUUUGCACGAAGAGGAUGACCCAGGUGGCGAGGAAGUUAACGACGGAGACGAGAGACUGCACUUUUGCGAACUGCCAGCUCCGCCGGAUUUAAACGAUAACGAAGACCAAAUGGAGUUUGUACCUACCGAUUUCCUAGAGCAACAGCAAGACAUUGUCGAAGAGCCAGAAUCGAGUUGUAAUAAAGAUAACAAUAAAAAAGAGCCUCCUGAUUACGCUUCCGUUGGCGAGGACAAUGAAAUCGAGCAGAAUGAGAUACAGCCCUCGAAAGAGAAAAAAGGGACAUAGUAAGAUAUAGAAAUGUCUUGUAAUCUACGUAACGCGAUCGGAUUAUACUACAAAUUUCAAUGGAAACUAGUGUAAGAAUACCUGCGAUUUGUUUUCUUGAAGCUCUCAAGUCAAGAAAUGCAUUCUUAUGACGACAAACUGAACUGGGAUAACUCUCACCGGGGAGAUGAUGUGCACGAGUCAAGUACCAAAACAAAGAGAUUGUUAUUUUUGGUAUCUACGUAUUAAGAAUAUUUUACCGUAUUGAGAUCGUAUUGAGAAAAUUUUACCUUUUUAUUUUAGUCUUGCUGUUAAUCAGAGAUCUCUAAUCCAAGAUUAAUAUCUUACUAUUAUGUAGAGUCUGGAGAACUUUGAGGAAGGUACAACAAGAGAUAUUUCCGCUAGUCCAGCGCGUCUUUUUUCGCAACGUAAAUAUUUAUUUAAAUAUCUUCUACGUGUAUUAACUUCGUAUGUAUACAAAUACGAGCGUCUGAUAUAGAUCACCCAUUUUAUAUAAAAAUUAAUAACGUAAUGUCCGCGGUUAUAACAAAGUAGGUAUUCGAUUGUCUUAUCGGCGGAUAUGAUAAAUUUUAUGUUGUAAAAGUCUAAAUUUUGUAGACUCUAGAGUUGUGUCAUGUAACUUAUUUUGUUUACGAAAGUGAUAGAGUUGUAUCAUGUACCGUUUCGUUGCGAGUUGUAAUUAUUUAUUCAUCGGGUAUGUGUCGAGCUAUAAAUUGUCAUCGUCGGUACGCGCGUUGUACAUACCCGAUUGGUAGGUGUAGAUUGUAACGCGUGAUGAUACGUCUAAAAAAUAAACGGUUACUGUAACACGCGGUGUACCGAAUAUACAAAAAUUUUCAUCGUACGUAUAAGAACAUUUUUUCCGAAAAGAGACAUAGGUUUUAUGCGAGGGAAAAUGUGAAUGUAUAUUAAAAAUGUAAGCUUUUCCUUGUUCGUUGACGCGUCGAUAGAUGUGAAUGUGACAUCUUUGAUAAUCGACCUAGAAAAUAAAAUGCUGAUCGAAGAAAA